AUGGAUUUCAUUGUCGGCAAAUGCUUGUGUGAACAGAUUACUAUUUCCAUUACUAAAGAAGCAUACAGUGCAACUGAUAGAACUUAUGUAUGCCAUUGCAAGAAUUGCCGUCAAUGUGGUGGAAGUUUAUCAGCAGUCGCUGUUAUAGUUCCUAUAUCGGCUAUUCAAAUUACCGGCGAACCUAAAAUUUAUCAAGAUGGUGAAACUGAUAGUGGAACGGUGAUUCAACGUGCAUUUUGUAGUAAUUGUGGUAGUCAACUUUAUACAACUUCACCUACUAUGCCUGGCGUUAAGAUUAUUAAAUUAGGACUAUUUGAUGAUAUUCCUAAACCAUCAAUGGAAUUAUACUGUAAAGAAAGACCAUCUUGGGAAAAACCAAUCGAUGGAACAAAGCAGUUUCAUGCAAUGCCUACAAGACAAUCAUAA